AUCAGUGAUGAAGCUGAAUUUGACUUUAGCCUUAGCCACCUAACCUCCAAAAAAUCUGAGGAUAUAUUUUGAUUUUCGUAUUUUUUAAGUAAUAUUUUGUAUAAUAAUAUGUUCAGAUAUGUGAACAAACUUAUCGAAUUGAAUGUUCUUAGGUCUAAGAGAGAUAUUCCCUACAAAAUAAUAAGACGAUGUUACUGCAAGGAAAAACCGAAUGAGGAAUUCGAUUUCGUAUCAGUGCCUAUCGAGCACAUUAGAAAUUUCAGUAUAAUUGCUCACGUAGAUCAUGGCAAGAGUACUUUGGCUGAUAGGCUUUUAGAAUACACUGGUGCGAUUAAGCGAGUGGAGGGCCAGAAUCAAGUACUUGAUAAAUUACAAGUGGAAAAAGAGAGGGGUAUCACAGUGAAAGCUCAGAGUGCUUCUAUUGUGUAUUAUUUAGAAGGAAAACCUUAUAUUCUGAACCUAAUAGACACACCUGGUCAUGUUGAUUUUUCCAGCGAGGUUUCUAGAUCUUUAUCUGUCUGUCAAGGUGUAAUAUUGUUGGUAGAUGCAAAUGAUGGAGUACAAGCUCAAACAGUUGCAAAUUUCUAUUUGGCUUUUGGGAAAGAUUUGGAAAUAAUUCCAGUAUUGAACAAGAUUGAUCUGAAACAAGCAGAUCCAGAUAGAGUUUGUAAUCAGCUAAGAACUCUAUUUGAUAUUGAGCCAAAUGAAGUCUUGAAAGUAUCUGCUAAGCUUGGUAUAGGAAUCAAAGAAGUAAUAGAAAAAAUUAUACAACAAUUACCUCAUCCUAAAGUUGAUAGAAAGGGACCACUUCAAGCUUUUUUAUAUGACAGCUGGUAUGACAAAUACAGAGGAGCCCUAUUAUUGGUGUACCUAAAUAGUGGAAGCAUCAGAAUUGGUGACACUAUUACUUCCCAUCAUUCAAAGAAGACCUAUGAAGUUAAAACAUUGGCUGUUUUAACACCAGGGGAACAAAACGUUAAACAAUUAGUGGCUGGUCAAAUUGGACUGAUUGGCUGUAAUAUGAGAAAUAUCAAAGAAGCAAUUGUAGGAGAUACUUUUUAUUCAUCGUCUAUGCCCGUUGGUCCUUUACCGGGUUUCAAACCACCAAAACCUAUGGUAUUCGCUGGUAUAUAUCCAUCGGGGUUAUCAGAUUAUGGUGAACUAAGAAAAGCCAUAGAAAAAUUGAUACUUAAUGAUUCUGCAGUCUCUGUUGAAAUGGAUACAAGUCCAGCGUUGGGUCAAGGUUUUCGUUUGGGAUUUUUAGGGCUUCUGCAUAUGGAAGUUUUUUCUCAGAGGUUAGAGCAGGAACAUGGAGCAGAACCAAUUAUAACAGCGCCCUCUGUAACGUAUAUGAUAAAACUUAAACCUACCAAGGAAACUUUGAAAAAUGGAACUGAUGAAAUACUUAUAAAUAAUCCUGCACUUUUUCCAGAUCAUUUCAAAAUUGAGGAAACUUAUGAACCUUUGGUUUUAGGAACUAUAAUAAGUCCGGAUACUUAUUUGGGGCCAAUUAUGCAACUCUGCAUAAGUCGUAGAGGUGUCCAAUUGAAAGCAACAAACAUUGAUAACGAAAGAGUAAUGCUGCAAUAUUCACUACCGCUCUGUGAAAUUGUUUUGGACUUCCAUGACGCACUGAAAAGUAUAUCCUCUGGUUAUGCUAGCUUCGAUUACGAAGAUGCUGGUUACCAAUUGAGUAGCUUAGUUAGGAUGAAUGUCCUGCUGAAUAACGUCCCAUGCGAUGAACUGUCAACAAUAGUCCAUACCUCAAAAGCUCAAACUGUUGGGAAGCAAAUGGUUGCGAGACUCAAGGACUUGAUACCCAGACAGAUGAUCCAUAUAGCGAUUCAAGCGACUGUUAAUGGAAAAGUUGUAGCUAGGGAAAAUAUUAAACCGUUCAGAAAAGAUGUAACUGCCAAACUGUAUGGUGGCGAUGUCACAAGACGAAUGAAACUGUUGGCUCAACAGGCGGCUGGUAAGAAGAAAAUGAAAACUAUAGCAAACAUAUCCGUGCCAAGACAUACCUUCAUCGAUUUCUUGAAAAAAUAAUAGUGUAAUUGAGAUUGGAGACUAUACGAAAAUAAAAAAAACUCAAACAUG